GACUGGCGAGCGUGAAUGGUGGAUGUAAAUCCUGUCUCUUCUGCCGAACACUUAGUCAAGUGAAGUUUUCGGGAGACAGCAACAACAGAAAGCAAGUUCGGCCAUUCAAAUCGAGACAUCACAUUUAAUACACAAUUAGAGACUUACGGAAUGGUGGGGAAGGUGCGUCCGUCCGUAAACCAUCCAUAGACAUACCUUAGUCUGGGGUCUGGGGGCAAGAAAGACGGCUCUAGCCUCUGGGGGUUCCUUCCUCGUCUCGAAGAUAAAAAGAUAGCAAGGGAAGCAUCAUCUUCUCUCCUUCUCUUCUCUGUUCUUUGUGCCACUAUCCUCAUUCUCUUCUCUGCCUCUUCUUGAGUCCGACCUUUCUCAUUCUUGAGUCGUAUAAUCGGCAACUCUUUCUAGACAAAAGACACCCGAAAAAAAGAAGAAAGGCACAGGGCCAGACACCGCCAACAUGCCCAGCAAGACCAGAGUCUACAACUGGUUCAUUGCCAUGGUAGCUGCGUCUUGUAUGACGCUCUACGGCUUUGACUCCAGUGUCUUCAACGCUCUCCAGGCCUCGGAGAACUGGCUGAACUGGUUCAAUCUUGACCUCAAGAAUGACAGUUACACUGUCGGUCUCAUCAACACAUGCUACACUAUCGGUGCUAUCGUUAGUGGUUUCUUCAUCGGUGGCCCCUUGGCUGAUUGGCUUGGUCGACGUGCCGGUAUGGGUAUUGGUUGCUUCAUCACCAUCAUCGCCGCCAUCAUCCAGGCUUUUGCUCCCAAGGGAAAGCUUGGUGUCUUCAUUCUCGGCCGUGUCCUCAUCGGUAUUGGCCAGGGUACCGCUCUCACUGCUGGCCCUGUUUACAUCGGUGAGGUUGCCCCCGCUGAGAUUCGAGGUCAGGUCAUGACCUUCUGGCAACUCUUCUACUCGGUCGGUGCCUUUAUUGCCUACUGGAUCAACUUCGCUUGCGGCAAGAACCGAGAGAAGCUCGGCGAGUGGGAUUGGCGCAUGGUUGUUAUCUUCCAGGUCAUGGUCCCCAUCUUUGUCAUCAUCCUGCUCCCAUUCCAGCCAGAGUCUCCCCGUUUCCUUAUCAAGAAGGGAAAGAUCGACGAUGCCCGCUCCGCCCUUCGAAGCAUCCGUGACACUGAGGAGGAGGUUGAGGACGAGGUCCUGGCUAUCCAGGCUGCUAUCGAGUACGAGAAGGAGGCCAUCAGCCCUGGAUACCGUGCCCUUUUCAAGGAUCCUUCUAUCAGGAAGCGCUUCGGUAUUGCAGUUGUCCUCAACGUCGGCCAGCAGCUCACCGGCCAGGGUACCCUCAACACCUACUCCACUUCCAUUUACAAGCAAGUCUGGACUUCGACUGAAAAGAUCAACCUCAUCAACGCUUUGUGGGCCACCAUGGGUAUUCUAUUCACAUUGAACGCUGUAUGGACCGCGGAUCGCUUUGGUCGCCGAUGGCUCUUCAUGGUCGGUGCCGCGGGUAUGGCUGUCUGCAUGUUGAUUGUUCCCGUCAUUGGUCUCGCUACUCCCACCCCCAAGACCGAGCCCACUGCUAUUGGCAUUGUUGUCAUGCUCUACCUCUUCAUCUUCUUCUAUAAGCCUUCAUGGGGUGCCGGUGUGUGGAUGUGGACCAGUGAAGUCUUCUCCGCCAACGUCCGAACCCAGGCCGUCGGUAUGGCCUCUCAAUGCCAGAAUGUGGCCAACACCAUUUUCCAACAGUUCUUCCCAACAUUCCUCGCCAAGACCGGCCUCAAGUGCCUCUUCUUCUUCUUUGCCGUCAACAUCCUGCUCUGCGUUUUUGUGUUCUUCUUUGUCCCCGAAACCAAGGGUAUCUCUCUUGAGCACAUGGAUACUGUUUUCGGUGGUGCCGAUCACACUGAGAAGGGUGCCCAGAUGCUCGGCGUUGACACUGCUCAGCAUCAGACCCAGGAGUUCAAGGACGGGGCUGAGAUUCAGCAGAGCGAGAAGAAGCGGGAGUCUGUUUAAAUCUACUGUAAUUGAUGGGGUAUUUUGAGUUUGGAUAAUUUUGCAUCUAGGAAUUCGAGAUGUGGAAGGCAAUCGUUUUAGUCGUGCAUCUACCUAGACAUAUAUGCUGAUAUAAGGAUACAUUGAAGAUACGAAGAUAUUGCUGUGAUCCCUAGGA